AUGGAAGAUGUAAAAAUCAAGGACACCGUCAUGGUAUAUGGCUACAAGGCCACAAUAGAACAUAUAGAAGAGAUCCAAGUGGGGCAGUCUUCUCCUGAAAAGAGAAAAAUAUACGCAGCUAGAUUUAGCAAUAGGGAUGGGUACACAGAUGGUGUGUACAGGAAGGAAAGGGUGUACACUCCGGAAGAUGGAUCCAUGGUCGUUUUUUGUUUGCGUGAUUCGAUCAGACCUUUCAGUGAAACAGAAAGCGCAUGCAUAAGAAUCCAGAGGGUAUUCAGGGGAUACAGAGCCAGGAAGGAAUUCCACUCCUUCGUCUCCUCCCUCGUUUGGAGAAAAUUUGAACAUCUUCACGAAAACAUGACCCUGCACAAUCAUGACGAAAUUUAUAAGCCUCUCAUCAAGGUAAUAAGCGAAGACAUAAAAAAUGGGAAGAUCCAGUUUACAUCCAAAUGCUUUUCCAGUAAUUCCAACCAGUUUUCCCGGAUUUCCACAACUUCUUACGAGUCCAACACGUAUAACGAAAAUGUACCAAAUCUGAAAGGCAAAAUAGACAAGGCCUUCGCCAUGGAGAUCUUCCACUUUUUCUUGACAACCAAAAAUUAUAUCCUCCCAAAUAACCUUGUCUGUAAGAUCCUGACGAAAACGCAAAAGAUGCUAGAGGAAAACAUCAAGAGCUCUGUGAUACAUGUGGACAUGACGAAGAAAUCAAAGGAUACCAAACUGAUCAUCCUUGGAGACGUACACGGCCAACUGAACGAUGUCCUUUGGCUAUUUAACCGAUUUGGUUUACCAUCCUCCAAUAAUAUCUACAUCUUCAACGGAGAUAUUGCUGAUAGGGGGGAAAACGCCACGGAAAUCUUCCUCCUUUUGUUUGUCUUCAAGUUAAGUAGUUACGAGAGUGUCAUAAUUAAUAGGGGGAAUCACGAAUGCUCCUACAUGAAUGAAGUUUACGGUUUCUACAAUGAAGUGUUAUCCAAGUACGACAGUGGCAUCUUCGACCUGUUUCAAGGAGUGUUCGAAUUACUUGGCUUGGCCGUAAAUAUCCAGAAUCAAAUCUUCGUGGUGCACGGUGGACUGAGUAGGUACCAGGAUCUAACCGUUCAGGAGAUAGACGAGCUUGACAGAAAAAAGCAUGAAAUUUUGCACCCCGACAAAUAUGAGGAUACCGUCAUUUUCGAUUUACUGUGGUCUGACCCACAAAAAAAAAACGGCAUUGGAGGAAACGCACGGGGAAAUAACUGUAUCACAUUCGGCCCAGAUAUCACAGAUAUGUUUUUAAGGAAAAAUAAUUUCGACAUUUUAAUUCGAUCCCAUCAAGUGCCUAAAACGUUGAAGGGUAUUGAGAGUCACCAUGAAGGGAAAUGCAUUACCUUGUUUUCCGCUUCCAAUUAUUGCAAUAAAAUCAAGAAUCUCGGGGCAGCCAUCGUGUUCAAUCAAGAUCUAACCUUCGAGGUGCAGGAGUACAUGUCUCCCUCCCUUGAGGUCAUUCGCGAGACAUUUGAGGAAAACCAGAAGCUCCGGGAGAAGGUUCUUAAUUCGUCGAAGAUAUUGGACCUGGAGAAAAAUGUGCAAAGGAGCAACGAUAAAAUUUCUGCAGAAGGACAAAUGAAUGACAUUCUAAACUGUUUGAGCACGUUAAUUUGCCAUGAAAAAAACUCUUUGUGGAGUAAUCUCUAUAUGAAGGAUAAGGAUAACACGGGCAAGGUCCACAUAAACAUAUGGAGGGAGGAGCUCGAAAAGCUGAGCGGGACGAAGAAGGUGCCGUGGAUAUAUCUGUGCAAGAAGCUCAAAAUGAUCGAAGGCAACCAGGUGCAUUACAACAGCAUCCUCAACAGAUUCAAAAUAAAUUAUGAACCCACUCAAAAUUUCAUUAACACAGAAUGGAAGAGUGAGUGCUUCGAGCAUUUGUAUGAGGCCCUGCUCAAGGCAGACUUGAGUUUACGUGAGACCCUUAUGGUGUUCGAUAAGAACUUAGAUGGAAAAGUUUCCUUUGCGGAAUUUGAGCAGGUUCUGAAGGAUCUCAAUAUAGAUUUGUCGAACGAACAAAUCCGUAUCCUGGUGCGUUUGAUCAACAGCAACUCUCUGUGCAACCGGGACAGAGCGCAGGAAAAUGAUAAAAUAGAUGUGGCGGAGUUCAUCGGGAAAAUGAGAGUGUGUUAUCGACUCGCAAUAAACAAGGAGUACAUAAAUAACGAUAAAAUUCGAAAGCUAAUUGAGACAAUAGGGAAGCAUAUUCUGGCCGACAGUGCAGACACAGCUAACUUCCACUACAGAUUUUACGAGGAAAAUAAUGAGAGGGGUGGAUCGGAGAGGAGGAAGAGAUCCAGCGUGAUCAAGUCUGUUGCUCUCUUUCAGAAGUUUAAGAAUUAUGACCACUUUGGGAAUGGCUACCUGGAUUACGACGACUUCGUGCGGGCGAUCAAAAAUUUUGACAUGAACAAGAUCAGCAAGGAGGUGGAGUUCGACGUGGACGAUGAAAUUCUGAUGGAGCUAGCCAAAUCCAUAGACAUAACAAAGUCGUCCAAGAUAAACUUCCUGGAAUUUCUGCAGGCCUUUUACGUUGUGAACAAGAGCAAGUAUUCCUACGUGGACGAGAUCUGGUGCCACAUAUGCACUGUGAUUUACGAGAACAAAGUGGCCCUGAAGAAAUGCAUGAAGUACCUGGAGGACACCAUGCAGGGGAAAAUAACGAGCAUACACUUCCGCUAUAUUUUGAUGGAGCUGAACAAAAUCCUGCAGGAGCAGAAGCAUGAAAAGAAAAAGCCGCUCACGGACGAGCAGAUCGACCUACUGUCCUACACCGUGGAGACAGAUGACAAGAUAGACUAUGUCGAUUUUUUAAACUCCUUCAAGCCAGUGUACUACAUAUGA